GUUGUCUAGCAGACGACGUAAGUGCUGUUGUUGCAUUUUAGUUCAGAGCUUGUCAGCAAACAUUCUUUUAUCUACAAAAGUUUAUUUGGCUACAUUAUAAUAUUUUGUUGGUCAGCUAGAAUGCCUGAAAGAGAUGGACAGGAUUCGGGUCCGGGGGAAGCAUCCUCCAGGUUGACCAAUGAUGAUUUCAGAAAGCUGAUGAUGACACCACGGGCUGGAUUUGGAUCAGGAUUGUCAGGUGCUUCAAGUAACUUGGGCAUGGGUUCUGUUAGAUGUGAAAGUUCAAGUGUUCGGAAAACAUCUCAUGGAAAAAGUGACCAGAAAAGAGCAAAGAAAAGUGAAUACUUGAAAGAGAAAAAAGAGGAGGAAGAAAUCCUUGCUGAACUUGCCAAGAAAUAUCGCGACCGUGCCAAAGAAAGGCGCGAUGGAGGCGAAACAUCUGGACCUGACGCCUUAGCCACACUUGGAGCAUACCGCGCAGUUGCACCAGAUAUAAAAUCAACAAUGGAUGCUGCAGAGAGAAGGAAACAAAUGAUUCAAGAAUCAAAGUUUUUGGGUGGUGACAUGGAACACACUCACUUGGUGAAAGGUCUCGAUUACGCCUUACUGCAAAAAGUGCGUAGUGAAAUCGAACAGCUAGAAGAGGAGGAUGAUGAACAGUUGGAACAAGCUGUGGAAGGUGAGAAAGGUGAAAAGGAAGUCGAGAAAAAGAAGGAAGGGGAAGAUGAAAUCCAGUUUAAAACAAUAAUUGGGAAAAACAUAUUCAGGGCUGUAUUCAAAUCGAAGCCACCUGAACGCAAUGAACAUUUUCUUCCUGGUCGAAUGGCGUAUCUUAUCGAGUUAGAAGAUGAGAACGCUGAGUCUGACAUUCCCACUACCGUUUUGCGAAGCAAAGCCGAUUGUCCUGGACUAGAAUCCUUGGCUACCCUUUCGACGAAUGACAUUGUGAUUAACAAGCUCACACAAAUUCUAUCCUAUCUCCGACAAGGCAAAGCUGGCAAAAAGAUCAAGAAAACAAAAGAAAGCAAAGAUAUGCCACCACCACAAAUUAUUCCUGGCCUUAAGGUCAACAAAUCGGCAGUAGUAGAAGACAAUAUUUAUAGCAACAUCGGGACGUACGUGGCGCCUACCAGGGAAAAAUCUUCGUCUAGUAAGUCAAGAGACAAAGAACGGCGAGGAGAUAAACGUGACUACUUUGAGGACAAAUCCCGGAAAGAUAUCGAAGGAGAUCUUGAUCGAGACAAGACAAAGGAUGCAACGAAAAGUGCUGCUGUCUUAGAAGCAGAACGGACCCUGGGUGCCCUUCUGAAACCUGGAGCGGCUGAUAAACGAGAAGGAGGUAUUGCCAAGAAAGCAGAUAAGAUGCUAUCGAAACUGUCAGCGGAACCUGAAGGAUAUGCAGAAUGCUAUCCUGGUUUCGAGGAAAUGAAUGACGCUCUAGAAGAUUCCGACGACGAAGCUGAUUAUUCAAAAAUGGAUUUGGGAAACAAAAAAGGGCCAGUUGGUCGAUGGGAUUUCGACACAGCUGAAGAAUAUGGUGAUUACAUGAAUAAAAAAGAAGCUCUGCCUAAAGCUGCUUAUCAGUACGGAAUCAAAAUGGCUGAUGGACGUAAAACUCGUAACAAAACUAUUGUCAAGACAGACAAAACGGAAAAGGCCGAACUGGAUCGUGAAUGGCAAAAGAUCCAAUCUAUUUUGCAUAAACGGAAAGGAGGUCCCUCUAGUGAAACACACAAACCCGAGAAGUCUGUGCGUCGUAAUUGAUUUUAUUUGUUUUCGUAUUGACCCUCAAAGUUACCAUUUCGGCUGCGUAACUAUACAACGUGAAUGAAAGAUUCUUUUAAUACCCUCGCUAGCUUCAUAUAUAUUUCAUCACAAGUGCAGUGAAACAAUUCCAGAUCAUCAGUCAAAUUUUGCCACUGUUUUCUAAAUGGAAACAAUGUGGCCAACGAUUUUUAACAGAACAGAAAGUGAGAAAUGGUGGUCUAUCUAAAACCUGCUAAAAUGCCGUUUUAAGACCAAAUCAAAAAGGAAAAAUGAAAAUGCAAAAAGCCACGAAGCACACCGACGAGUGUCUGGAGUGGUAAGUGACUACUAUGGCACAAGUCUGUCUUAACCUUUUUUAACAAGAAGAUUGGGGCUGCGCUCAUCGCAACAGGAGAAAUGGAUGGACAGAAGGGAAAGGCUGUAUGGUAAGGGCUCCAUUUUCAACUUGAAAGUUAUCGGAUAGAUAGCAUAUCGCGGUCACCACAC